UACUUUUAUGCUAUCUGACGCUCAUAUGGGACUCUUGUUACCAGCCAAAAAGAUCCUUGAUAAAGAAGCAGAGGGUACACCUCUAAGGCACACAGUCAAAUUAGAGUUUUUUUUCCCUCCUCCACUCUGUCUCAUUCACUUUUUUUAUGGGCCCCACCUCUUGACACUGACGAAAUAACCGCGUUAUUUAGGUAAAAUUGAAGCUGUUCCGUGCCAGCAUUUCACGGUCUCAGUCGCUGUGUGCCCAUCAUUCCAGAGCAGGACACUACAACUGCGGAGCAUCAAGGGGAAGAUAAGUGCUGCUUCCAAUGUGGAACAGACCUAUUUAGGCACUUUUUUUACGCACGCAUGUUGCGGACCGGGACUAAUUCCGUAUAAGGACGUAAAUCUAUUUUUGUACAUUUUAUGGAAUAAAAAUCAUUUAAAGAUGAUACUGAAUAUAAAGCAUGUCCUGUGGUUAUAUUGCCUCUGUGAAGCUGCAGCUGCAACAGCCUCAAAUGCAUUAUCAGUCAUCCAACCAGUCAUAGGGUCCCUCUCAGGGAAGGUAAAUCUUCCCUGCUACUUUUCCACAAUCCCAACCUCAGCACCAGUCAUCAGUCCCAGUGGAACAGUCGUUUACAACAAGGAUUACUUGCGGAUCAAAUGGAGCAAAAUACAGGGACGAACAGAGUCCACGGUGCUGGUGGCACAAAAUGGGAUCAUCAAGCUAGGCUCAAGCUACAGGAACCGUGUAUCAGUACCCAGCCACCCUGAAGUUGUCGGUGACGCCUCGCUCACAAUUGUGAAGCUGCGUGCCAGUGACGCUGGCACUUAUCGUUGCGAGGUCAUGUUCGGGAUUGAAGACACCCAGGAUACUGUUAACCUUGAUGUCAGCGGUGUUGUCUUUCACUACCGAUCAAGCAUCAGCAGGUACACUUUGGACUACCAGAAAGCUGUACAAACUUGUGAAAACGUUGGAGCAAACAUUGCAACCUAUGAGCAACUGAAAGCAGCCUAUGAGGACGGCUUUGAUCAAUGCGAUGCCGGUUGGAUUGCUGACCAGACAGUGAGAUACCCAAUUACAAGGCCAAGAGAGGGCUGUCAUGGCAACCUUCCUAAUAAACCUGGUGUCAGGUCGUAUGGAACCAGAAAACCUACAGAGACCUACGAUGUGUACUGUUAUGUAGGCAAACUGGAUGGUCAAGUCUUUUAUGCUCCCGUGACCCAUAAGAUGACUUUUGAAGAAGCCAGUGAAGAGUGUAAAAAGAGGAAAGCUGUCCUGGCAAGUCCCGGACAGCUGCAUGCUGCUUGGAGACAGGGGCUGGACCGAUGUGACUACGGCUGGCUCUCCGAUGGCAGCGUACGGCAUCCUGUCGCAGUCCCCAGAACUAAGUGUGGCGGAGGCCAACUCGGCGUGAGGACCAUGUAUCGCUACAGAAAUCAGACUGGCUUCCCAGAACCAACUAGAAAGUUUGGGGCUUACUGCUUUAAAGGAAGGAGAAUGGUAUUCAGCCAGACUUCCUUUGUGGAUGUAUCUGUGGUAGAAAUGACCACCAACAUCAUCAGUCCUAGUACCUCCAUCCCUUUACUGGAGAGUAGCACCAUUCUGACAACUACGACAUCUGAAAAAACAUCAGAGGCAGACAUUUCUCCAGAUUCUUCUACAGAUCCUCCAUCUAUGUUCUCAACCAGCAUGGCUCCACCUCGCCCCACCCCAGCAGGCCAUGAGGAAGAGUUAAUCACAACAGUUGCACCCACUAUCAAAGACGACCAUGAGGACGAUGAUGAUGUAACAGCUGCGCCAGAUUCUCGCACUGAUGAUCAAAAUGUAACCUUUGUGGAAACUGCUGCUGCCCAUGGUGGCACAGCGACAGAAACUAAGAUCACGGUGGAAAGCACUGAUGCCACAGUGUCUGAUGAUGAGUCAGAUGAUCAAUCAGUAAUUCAGGUCAGCACGAUUCAGCCUGACGUCCCUAUACCAGAUGCUUCUCUCCGCAACGAGCUCAUGUUUGCUGAAGGGGAGACAGAGGAAACUGUCAUAGAUCCUAGGAACAUCACAUCGAUCUCUGAUCUCACUGACACUCCGACCAAAUCAUCUGAAGUUAGCCAUGAGGAAAUGCUUAGCUCCUCACAAUUAACACCAUCACCUUCAAUCAGUGAUAUAGCAACAGACGAUAAUUUGAGCUACGAUGACAUUUAUCCUAUGAUAGGUUUAGAGGGUCAGCCACCUACUAGGGCAUCCCAACCAGAUGGCUCAGCCAGCCCUUCAGACACCAAUAGAAUUGAUGAUACAAUCACAGCCAUUCCACCUUUAAAUAACACCCAUCGUGUCAGUGAGGUGAAGGUAACCACCACAGUGACACCAAAUACUGCCAGCAGUGUUGAGACACCACCAACACCUGAAGUUUCACCAGGCACAAUCAUCCUGAUUGACAGUGUAAUGUUAACUGAGGAAGUGAAAUCUUCAGCAGCUGUCCAUGUCUUUGAUGAGUCUUCCACUCAGGUGACAGAGCGAAUUGGUAGCACCUUGAUGGAGGACGAAACAGCAGCAGAGUUUGGUACAGAGUUCUUUAUAUCUGCUCCAACGACUUCAACGGUGGCCAGUACAACAGCCCAUCCAGCUGCAGUGAUCACAGAUAACCAGACCACCACUACGCAGAUUCAGACUGCAUCAGCUAACCAGGCUUCAGAAUCACAGAAUGCUCAGUCUCUUGCCACACCAGUUUUGCUGGACCAUCCCACUCCCUCUGUAGGUGUUGAUGAGACAAUCAUACAAAGCAGAGACCCAGAACGUUUCCCACAAGCUGCCAUAACCAUCACCCCAGGUAUCAGCUUUAUUAAUGGUAAACAAGAGAUCACAUUGGAGCCUCAAAGCGUGGAAGAAAAAGAGGCCAAAGGUACCCAGAUUUUGACUGAUUUCUCUGAUGGUAGCUUCACUAAAUCUACACAGGAACCUACAGAACCUCUGGCUUUUACAGAAACCCCAUAUAUGGUUGUCUCUGAGCCUGACAGAAGGCCAACAGUUGAAUCAAUGCCUCCUCAAUUAGGGGAUGAUCUGACCACAAAAGGCCAAAAACACAAAGACUUAACCUCUGUUAUUGCCACAACAGUAGAAGACAAGAUUCCACUGGAAACUCCACAAAUAACUGUGGCUGGCUCGGCUUCCACAGAUACUACUGACCUUCUUCCUGCAGUAACACCAACUGAGCCACAGAGAACCAAAGCAGUUAAAGAAACCCAAACAUCAAAGGCUAAUGUGAAAACCCCUGCUUUCAGCACUAUGUCUGUACAAGAAGGGACACAUGAGACAGGAAGAACUCCUGCCCAUGGGAAAAGUGACUCAAAUCUGACUCAGAGACAGAAGACUGAGGAUGAAUCUCCAACUACUUCUUCAACCAGAUUUUACACAGACAAAGAUAAAGUUGAAAUCGUAGCGGAAACAGAGAGCAGAUCUCCCAGUCCAGCUGUUAAAGACAGCACAGAGUCUGUGUUAGAGACUGUGUAUAGUCCUUCCACCGCUGACGCUGAUAGGGAAACAGCAACAUCAUCAAGAGGCCCCACUCAAGAUGUAGAGGGGAGGAAAGAGAUCCAGACCACAGAAGGAUUUAUCUUAAGCACAACAACUUCUUCAGUAUUUAGUAGUGCACCCUCUCUUAAGCAGAUAGCCAAGGCUGAGGUCACACCAGCUGCAGGAGGUACUGAAUCUUCAAAAUCUGAAGCACUGAUUGAAACUCCGGAGGAUAAAAUCACAAGUCAAGGAGGGAUUAGAGUCAGCCCAAUACGUUUAACUUCCUCUACAGAGAGAGUUGGAACUGAUGCGGUAUCUAUAACGCAGGAGGAGGGUUCAGUAGUCCAAACUGUAAAUAUGUUUACAACCAGCCCACAUCCACAUAUCUCUACCAUAGCAUUAUCUUCAAGUUUAACCUUUACACAUACAGAAGCUAAAGCCCAAAUGGAAAGUGAAGUAACUUCAAAUAUAGUACAAUCAGGAUGCACUCAUCAAACACCUAGUCCUGGCACUAGUGUGUUAGAACAAACUUCCACACCUGCCACUCCGCAUGAAGAGAAGAAAAAAAAUGAGCCAACCACUACUCAGUCUUAUGGAUCCAUUGCAACGACUGAUUCCCCAGAUUAUAGUGCUACUGAAAUGUUCAGUCCGUCAACAAUGAAGUCAGAAACUACAUCCUUCCCGAGUGCCACAGAUACAGAUUUUUCUGGAGACAGCACUACUGUUUUCCCUGAAGUCUCAAGCAUCAUAACAACAACAGUGCUUUCAAGUGAUACUUCAAAAGGUGCUUUUACUUCAUCCUCAUCUGUCUUCAGUACUCAGAGGCCAAUAUCAGUGUCAUCUGGUACGCAAAAAUCUGUCACCACAAGUAAGUUCGAUGAAUAUUCAUUAACGCCAGAGGAAAGUUCUUUUUUGACAUCAACAGAAGAAGGCUCAGGAGAUCAGACGUCUGAAAUGAUUAGAAAUCUCACUGCACUUCCCACAGCUUCCUCAUUGUUCACCACGGAGAAGUCAACAGCAACUCCAGCUGACGUUUACUCCAGUGCUCUCUCAGAUCAGACAGAAAAGACUUCUGUUUCUCCUUUGACUGAUAAGACAAUGACCUAUUUGGACACAACUCCAAUGGAUGUAGAACGUUCAAGUGAUGACACCACAGAUAUAUUGAAUGCAAGCUCUGUUUUCAGUGACGUAUCUCCAUCUGUAUCCAGCACUGUGGAGUCAAUGCCACUAUCACUUGCAGUAACACAACAUGUUGAUACAGAUGCGAUGUCAUCUGGAACAGACAAAUACUAUACCACAACUGCAAUAGAUGAAACUAACUCCUUUACUGAAGAGUGGAGCUCGCAUGAUGAGAUAACUCAUAUACCUGCCUUUGUCAAUGCAGUUCCUCCAUCUUUUUCAUCGCUCAGCACAAUGGCACCAACAUCAAGUCCAGUCGCAGAACUUGAUAUUCCAUUAAUUAGUCACCCAGAGAAAACCUUGCUUUACCCCUUAACUGACAACACAGUGUUAUCUCCUGAACCCUUUACAUUAACUGACCAAACUGUAGACAUGUUUACGUUAUCUUCUUUCUCAGAUACAACUUCAACUGAAACAACAGAGAUGGUAACAACAAGGAACACUGUUGCUUUUGACUUCAUGACUACGACAUCAACAUCAGCACCAUCAACUACUUUCAGUGACUCUCAAAGAACACACACAUCCUUUACAGCAACAGUUGAAAACCUGAAAACUUUGACUCACAGUACAAUGAUUUCACCUCAUGAGUUCAUGACCGGGCAGUCUACAGAUGCUCCUCUGUUUUCUGCCACUACUCAGUUUGAGUCAGAAGCAGGUCAUUUUCCCGACCCAGACUUCUCAGGAGAUUACACAUCAACAUACACAGAUGAAACAGCACCUGAACAGCCCUCUGUGGAAUCAGCAACCCUAGCAGUAACAACAUUUAGUCCAUCAAACACACCUGUAUUCACUGGGGAAGAGCAUUCAAGUGAUAGAGAAUUUACAACUGCUACAUCUAGUCCCUAUACACUCAAAACAUUUCGGCCAAUGGCAAUACCCAGUAUUACCCCAAUGAUGACCUCUGCCUACAAUGACAUGGACAACUCUGGCAGCUUCCCUCAAGACUUUGAUUUGGAUUCAAGUCAAGAUGGAUCUGGUGAAGGGAUAUUAAUUGAAACUGCUACAAAACCAUACAAGGAAUUUAAAGUGCAAACAGAUGAGACAGAAACAGAUGAGACUCAGAGCACAUCUGACAUGGUCAGUGUUGCAUUUUCACCUCAGUCUAGUACACAGGUAACCAAAGAAUUUAUAUCACCAACUCAAUCUCCAAGCAUGAUGAGCCCUGAGAUUUACACUUCUGAUCAGGGCAGUGGAGUCACCGAUCAAGAUGAGUGGUCAGGCGAUGACUCAAGUGGGUCAUCCUCCACAAGAGUACCUGAAAGGGAGAGUUCUGGAGUUUUGGAUAGUACAAUUUCCUCAGCGGUUAUAAAUUCAGUGUUUCCAGAAGAUAGUGACCCAGGUGGCCAUACCACUGACGUGCUUAUUACAGUAAAAGACACAGGAUUAUCAGUUCUACCCACAACCAAACCAAGAAUAAUAGGAGCAACUCAUGAAAGUACAUCUUUUACUAGCACAGAGAGUACAGGCCAUUCCAUUUUCAGCACAGAGAAACCAACAAGCACAGCAAAAAGACUUAAUGAAAGUGGAACAGCUGAUGUUCCAAAAUCUACUGCACCUGCAGCUUCUCUCUACACCACAGAGAAGUCGUACACAUCAACAGAAUAUGCAAUCACAAGUAAAAAAUCAACACCAAAACCAGAUUUUACUUUGACAGAGGUAGAGAGUUCUGGCAACCAAACCACUGUGAAGUUCACCCUAAAGCCUUCAGUGAUGGAGACUGCCACAUUUUCAGAAACAGCAGGUGAAACCAAGGGUUUUGCUACAGCAACACCAACCUCUGAUAACAGGGUUUUCUCACAGGAAAGUAAAAUUACUCCAGCAACAGAUCAUCCCCUUUCAAGCACUGAGAAAGAUGAGGUUGCUGUGGCUGAACACACAACAGAAUCCCCCUCUACAGCCCUGCCCUCCCAUACAACUGAUGCCUUAAUAUAUAAUCACACUGUUGUUGAUUUCAGCACAGAAAGCUUGAGCAGUGAGCAUAAACAAGAUGAAUUUACAUCAACAUCUGCCCCAGUUCCCACUGUUAUAUAUCACAGCGUUACAGAUCAACAAGUUGAGAUUAUUACUCCCGACAGGAGCCAAGCCAAGACUCGACUAACUGAACAAACACCGACCAUAGUUCUGGAUGCAUCCAAAACAUCAACCAGCACAUCUAUCAUAUUCAUCGAGGAUACACAACAGGAAGAUAAACUGUUCUCUGGAGUUACAGAUAGUAUGAGAGAAGACAGCUACAGUACAGAGCUUAUUACCAAAGAUGAUACAAUCACUGAUGCAGAUACGAUGUCUGUGGUUCCCUCUUCUUCAUUUUAUCCAACUAUUCUGACAGAGGAAGCUGGGGGUGUCACAGCAAUUACAAUAACUCAAAAGCUGGAAGUUACAGAAGAACCAGAGGGUUCAGGGACUGUGGGUGACACAUUUUUGAGUCCUACACCAACCUCAGCCAGUGAUACAUCAUCAGCCUCAACAUCUUCUGAAUACUUGUUCACUUCAGAAUCGUCACCUGUGAAAGAUGUUUCUUCGGAAGAAACAUCAAGUGAAGUAAAUGUCACAAGGUUGGCGCAGGCCACACAAGAUACUUCCGUGUCCACUCAGUCAAGCUCUGGAGAAAUCUAUGAUGUUACAACAACACACAAAGUUUUCUCAUUUGAGACUACCAAACCAAUUUCUGAUCAAUUCCAAGGAGACACUACUGAGAUUUCCACUUCCUCAUCUUUUUCUUCUCAAAUGUUAAUGGAAACAGCAGACUCUACCUCUGUCACUUUAGUGACUAGUGAAGAUUAUGUGGUCACCACAGUUAAAAAAGAAAAAUAUACGACAGCAUCACCCGUAAUUCUAACAGCUACAAGUCACAGCAUAACUGAUAAAACCUUAAGUUCAUCCGUUUUCACACAAACCACUAAACCUUCAGUCACUGUCGCACCAGUCUCCACUAAAUCUGGAACAAUGAAAUCCACCAGUAAAACAUCUGAUGACGACUCUUCAGGUGACUCUGAUGACUUUGCACGAGAAAGCUCAGAGAAACCUUCAGCAUCAUCUUUGGAAAGUUGGAUGACUGAAAAAACAUCUACACCCUCUUCACUGUUUAGUACUGAGCAAGCCAGGUCUGAGAUCAUGCCUACUCCCCACACUGGCAUCUCUUCUGAGAAAAAUGUGCCAGCCACAGUGAGCCCAGUGUUGUCUAGUGAGAAGUUAAGCACUGCUAUGGUUGUAACUGCCCAGACUGCAUUAACAGUCACAACAUUGAAAGGGGAAAUUUCAAGUAGUUCAGACAGUGACAUCCAGAAAACAUCUCCUCAUGCUAUUAUAACUUCAUCUCAUAUGGGGACAGGAGCGGAGCCUGUUGGAGUAGAAUCUACAACUCCAAAACCUCCAAGUGAAGAAGAAGAAGAAACUAUAGCUACUGACACAAGAUCUCCUGCAGUGUCAAGCGCUGUAGACGCAUCACUAGAGAUCUCAGGUGAAGAAACUUAUUCAUUUUCAUUUGAAACAAAAAGGACUCCAUCCUCAGGUGUGUCCUCAGUUUCUACCACUGAGACUGAAGGGUUGGUUUUCACUUCAGAAAUUACUGACCAGUCACCCAAAAUGAUAACAGAACCUGCCCUUACCAUUCUUGCUUCUACCACUGAGAAGCCAGCUGUAGUAUCGACUGAGAGAGACACCUCAACCGAUGAAGACAGUUCACGUUAUGCCAAGACGCCAGUGAAGAGUGAAGAGAGGUUUAUAUCAACAGGAACAAGUAUUAUUAUUUCUACAGCAGGUUCAAGUGAAAUGGGAUUGAGCACCUUAGGGUCUGACUCUGUCACUCCUAGUUUGUCGACCGUUAAGAAGACUAUGAUUACUAGCACUUUAUCCACUCAGCCGGCAAGCUCCCAAACAGAUGAGUCAGAAUCUUUUGAAGAAACCUCAGGUCAGACAUCCCAUGAGGUCUUCAGCACUGCAGCCCAUGCAACACAGCCCCCUGCUGUGACCAGAUCUAUUGAGUCAUUGAAUACAUCAACUUCCUUUGAGUCAGAACCAAAGGAGUCACAAAAUGCAGCUAUAACAAGCACAGCUAUCUCAGAGACAACAGUAAUGAUCACCACAAUACCCACUUCAAAUGUCCCUUCAACACCAUCACAGCCAGAUGUUGUCAUUCAGUUGGACUCAACUCUUUCUCCUCUACAACCACUGACAACUCCCAUGGAAUUAUUUGAACAAGCCAAGUCAGAAAUUACACUUACACACCGCCCCAACCCUGGUCUUUCUCAUGAUAUAUCACUGACCACAAAUCGCCCUGUAUUUGCUAAUCAUGUCACAAGCCAGACUGCAGUAUCAACAGUUGCACCUGCUUUUGUUUCUGAAGACGGCCGUGUUUCGGUAGCAGAUGGGACAGUUGAACCAGCUGUUGAUCAGGUCUCAAGUGGUGCAACGACUCACCUCAGUCUAACUGAUCCACAACCAGAUUAUGAAGCACUAAAUCCUUAUGUGGUGGCAGCAGAUCCCCUGUACAACCAAACACUAGAAAAUGAUACAGUGUUAAUUUCUACACCACCAUCUGUUGCUCAAACACCUGACUCAAAGGUAAUGGCAGAAGCUAUCAUGGUUACGGCAUCAACCACAAUCAGUAGAAAAUCAGUCUCUACCCUCCAAGAAAACAGCAUGACUACAGCAAGUGUUGUUAAGCUGGGUGAUGAUGAGUCACCUUCUGUCCCUAAUGAUAAGGCUGAAAGUGGCUCUGUAAGUUCUGGGAUUUCAUCCCCCAGCUUUGAUGAUGUAUCUGAUGAACUGAUGACUACAAAGGCACCAAAGAUCAUCAGUAUAGAACAGGCUCUAUCUCCAGAUGAAAUCAAGAAAGUAUUUAAGGUAAAUGCUACAGAAGCUUCAAAGAAGGAAGGUGUUGAUGUCACGUUUGGGAAAGGUGACAUAGGUGUCUCUCCUUACACUGAAAUACCAACCAGCACUCAAUUCAAGACAGUAUCACCAGCCCAGGUGCAAAAUCAGCUAGGUACAAUUGCAUCAACCACACCAUCAACCUUUUCUGAGCAAGACCAGAAACAGGGCAGUGACAUGACUGCACCACCAUCAGUUAUUGAAGGAAAACCAUCAAUAAAAGAGGAGGAAACAACCACACCGCCUAAUAGAGGAUUUGAUCUGGGACACACUGUUGUUGGCGAGACUAUGGAGAUUUCUGGAAUUGACUCAUGCACAGAGGAUGUUUGUCUAAAUGGAGGCUCUUGCUUGAGGAUUGGCAGCACCUAUACCUGUCACUGUGCUCCUGGUUUCAGUGGUCAUCAAUGUGAAAUAGAUAUUGAUGAGUGUGAAUCAAACCCUUGCCGCAAUGGAGGCACUUGUGUCGAUGGCUUGGCUUCUUUCACAUGUGUGUGUCUCCCAAGCUAUGCUGGGCUGUUUUGUGAAGAGGAUACAGAAACAUGUGACUACGGCUGGCAUAAGUUUCAAGGCCACUGCUACAAGUACUUCCCUCAGAGGAAAAACUGGGACACAGCAGAGAGAGAGUGCCGCAUCAACGGGGCUCAUCUCACAAGCAUCCUGUCCCAUGAGGAGCAACAAUAUGUCAACCGUCUUGGACAGGACUACCAGUGGAUCGGCCUGAAUGAUAAGAUGUAUGACAACGACUUCCGCUGGACCGAUGGUUGCCCUAUGCAAUAUGAAAACUGGAGGCCCAACCAGCCUGACAGCUUCUUCUCUGCUGGCGAGGACUGUGUGGUGAUGAUAUGGCAUGAGGAUGGUCAGUGGAAUGAUGUUCCUUGCAACUACCACCUCACUUUCACCUGCAAGAAGGGCACAGUGGCCUGUAGUCAGCCUCCUGUGGUAGAGAAUGCACGUUCCUUUGGGAAGACACGUGAACGGUAUGAGAUCAACUCGCUGGUGAGGUACCAGUGCCGUAUAGGCUUUAUUCAGAGACAUGUCCCAACUAUCCGUUGUCGUGGGAAUGGACGAUGGGAUAUCCCGAAAAUCAGCUGCAUGAACCCCUCAAGCUAUCAGAGGACCUUUAUCAGAAGGCAUCAGCACAAUAGUCUCUACAGCAUCCACAACUUCAAUAACUGGCAAGAUGAGUCCUUCCACUUUCGUCAUCAGCUCCGACCAGGAAGGAGACACAAAAUAGAACAUAAGUGGAAAUAACACGGCACACCUGAGACGAGAGCACGUGCCAGAUGCUUGUUUGAAAAGAACAAAAAAAAAAAAAAGCACAUGAGAAAACUUAUCAAAGAAAAAAAAACAACAACCUGCAUUUUUUGCCAAUGGAAUCUUACAAAGUGCCUUUUAGAGACAUGUAGAUACAAGACUUUUUCUUAUCAAGGGGCACUAUUUUAUAAUAAUGCCAAUGUGGAUUAAAAAAAGUUUCAGCUGGCUACUGGAAAAGCAAAAACUACUCUUAUCAUACUUAAAAAAACACUAAAAUCACCCUUUUUCAUGAUGGUUGUCUAGUCAAUUUUAAAAUCAACUGGGCUAUUUAAAAUCUAUGCAAGUGUUCAUUUUCUAAUAGAAAGAAAGAGAUUAUACUGCUCAUGUAAACAUUAAUAUUGUGCUGUUUUAAUUUGGGCUUCCUUUUUAUUGCGCUUGCAAAGAACUCAUAUCGCAUGAGUUAAACAUUAUGUUGCAUACAAAGAGCUAUAAACUUUCUUACAUGCAGAUCUUUUCCCAGAAUUUAUAGCUCAUUCUAUAAAGGGGCAAAUUAUACCCUGACAUGGUUUGACAGGUUUCCUGUAUAGUAGUUAUUCACAUUCUAGAUUAAAAUAUCACAAGUCUGGGGAAAGUUUUUCACUGAUUGCUUGGUUAUCAGCUUCUUUGUGAUGGCAGCUUUUAGUAUCAAAUUAUCACCUUUCAUUCUCUCCUGCUGUCAUCAGAUAUAUGUCAGACUAAAUGUUUAUAAAUAGAUUUCUAUAGAUAGAUUUUAAAAAAUGUAACUGACAUUUUCUUUUGUAGGAGACAGUUCAAUAUGAAAGAUUGCUCUCUAAGUGCCUAUCGACAAAGCCUUUAUCAACAGAUGGAAAUUGAUGACUAUCGUCUACUUCAAAAGGAAAGUGUAGCUCAAGAAGCCUCUAUUUUCUGCUCAAAUAUGUUCAUUGCAUAGCCUUUAAUUAGUCACAACAGCAUGUUUACAAUAACUUAUAUAACUAAUGCUGUGCAUAAUCACACACCAAAGACUCUUGCUGUCAUCUGUUGUGGGGUAGCUUAUAUGUAAGUCUUUUUUUUUUCUCUUUUGGUAUGAUUUCUAAAAAAAAUGUUUCUGUUAUUGUGGUCGAUUAAGAUCAGUCAUUGAGAGAAUGUAUUUUGUGAAUCACUCAGAAAGACUUGAACGUAACAGCUGUUUAGGCAGAGAUGCGUAUAAUUUAUUUUCAAGCUGCUCUUGAUUGCUUUACUUGUUUUACUGAUGAAAUAUGAUUCUGUCACUUGGGCCUCACGGGGAUUCUUUUUAAAUGUUUUUAUUGUUUGUUCACCAGGACGCCGGCAACAUUUGCAUGCUAACAAUCUAAAAGUAAUUACUCAGCAAUAUGAUCCAUUUACAUGCCUUCUUCUUUUUCUUUCUUCUUCUUUGUUUUUUUUUUUUUUU